UCUCAAUUAAUCAUUGAAAAUCCAAUGGAGCAGAGUCAACCACCGCCGACAACGCCGGCGCCGGCGACACCCAUUUCACAGCCAACUGAACAAAUUCCGACAUCAUCUCCGGCUCCACCACCUCCUUCCUCCACCGCAAUCAGUCAACUUCCUUCUACAACAACCACUACAUCAGUAGCAUCACAGCCAGUAAACCUAAACCCUACCACCACCACUUCAGCUACUAAAACCAUUGUCACCACCACCAUCACUUCAGGUACUAAAACCGUCACCACCACCACCAUCAGUCCCGGCGGUACCAUCACUGCUGCCGCCGCAGCACAGCAGCAAAACCCUUCAGCAGCCACUUCACAAAAUGCUCAAGCAAGACAACCCUUUGGCCGGCCAUGGCAACAGCCUUCACCUUUUCAACACUUUUCGUUACCUCCUCCACCUCCCCCACCACCACCUCACUCGUCGUCAUCAUCUUCUUCGAUUUCGUCUUCUUCGGUGUCUAUGCAAAACCAAAACCCUAGAGGUGGUAUGGCUAUGGGAGUACCUGCUCAUCACCCUAGUAGCUCUUUCUCUUCAUUGACGACGCCUUCUUAUGGACAGCAAUUUGGUGGUUUAGGUCGCAAUUUGCCUGAUUCUACGCCGCCCACCUCAACUACCUCACAGGUGAGGCAGCCUAUACAAGGAAUGCAUGGGAUGGGAAUGAUGGGAUCACUUGGUUCAACUUCACCGAUGCGUCCUGCAGGGGUUUCUCCUCAGCAACUGAGACCUGUCUCCUCUUCGAUUAGACCUCAGACGAGCAUCAGUAGUCAGUCUGCUGCUACACAGAAUUUUCAAGGCCAUAGCAUGUUGAGAGUUCAGUCAGUCGGAUUUCCGCCGUCCCAAUCACAUACUACCUCUCAAAGUCCAAGGACACAGACUCAGCCAUGGUUAUCUUCAGGAGCACCGGGGAAGCCCCCUUUGCCGACACCAUCAUUGAGACCUCAAAUUAAUCCUCAGUCUUUGCAUCAAAGGUCCCAUAUUCUUGCACCGCAUCAGCAUACUGUUACUACUACAUCUUCUGUCCAACAGUCACAGCCUUCAGCCUCAAGUCAGUCCCAAGAUCAUUUGGGGCAACAGAUGCCUCCAUCCAGGAUUCAACAAUCAUUAUCUAAUCAACCACUUGGCCGAGGUCAGGGUUUAGGAAUCCAGAGACCUUCAUCACAUGCAUUGAUGCAACCCACUGCAGUCCAGCCAGGACCACCUAGUAAGGCUGCUACCACUUUAGAGAUGGGAGAUCCUUGUACUAGGAUUCUAAGCAAGAGAAGCAUCCAAGAGAUUGUGACCCAGAUUGAUCCAUCAGAGAAAUUGGAUGCUGAAGUUGAAGACAUCCUCGUUGAUAUAGCAGAGGAAUUUGUGGAAUCUAUUACCACAUUUGGCUGUUCAUUGGCCAAGCAUCGAAAAUCCAAUACAUUGGAAGCAAAGGACAUCCUUCUGCAUCUUGAAAGGAAUUGGAAUAUGACUCUCCCUGGUUUUGGCGGGGAUGAAAUCAGAGCCUACAAGAAGCCAUUAACAAGUGACAUCCACAAGGAGAGAAUAGCAGUGAUAAAGAAAUCGGCUCUCGUGGCCGAGAUGACAAAUGCAAAGGGCCCAACACAAACUGGUGGGAAUAUGAAAAGCCAUUUAGCAAAGAGUGCAUCUAAUAUUUUGGGUUCCCCUAAUGCCAAGACAUGAAAGCUUGUGCAUUGUGAUGAAAACAAAAGGCAGGAAGAAUUUUUUACUGACUUCACAGUAAAAUUAGGACUAGAUCUUUUUACUUCCAUGUUAAAUUAAAUUUCUUAACUUAUAAUUAGUAUUGAGAAAAGAAAAAAAAUGAAAUUGUAUUAUUUUGUUUUUGUUCAAAUGGAGAAAAUGUG